AGAUGCCAAGGUCCAUCCCUCCACCAGAUGGUAUAUCUUGAGACACAGCUCUCACUUCCUUUUCACCAAUUUGUUGCAAAGUCAAUUUCUCAAAAUACUUCCAGUUACUAACUAGCCAACCACACGCUCUGCAACCCUAUUCCCAUCGCUUUAUGCCUUGACUGCCCACAGGAGCAGCCGACCCCAAACCUGCGACGCAACAAUGUCUCAAGACAUGACCCCCGGGGAAGCAGUCCCCACAAACACGGAAACGCCGCCGGCAAACGACAGCCCGGCUCCGACCGCCAGGCCCGACUCCGCACCGGAAGAGCAGCCACCCGCCGAACCCGCCCUCCCCCCUCUAACACCGCAAGAAUUCCGCAUCUACAACCGCCUCGCCGAACAAAUGGACUACUUUCACGAACACUUCCGCCAAAUGUACAACACGCUCCAAACAGCGUGCGCCACCAACCGGCGGCCCGCCGGCAUGACGCUGAAGCAGUUCAUCGAGGAAGGGCUGCGGCUGGCGCGGUACCUGGAGAUGCACCACUCGAUCGAAGAGACGCACCUGUACCCGCUUCUGGGGCGCAAGAUGCCCGAGUUCCGGGCCACCACGUCUGCACCGCCGGGUGGUGGGAAGGAAGGGGGCGGCGGCGGCGGCGGCGGGAGGAAGGGGAAGGCGGAGGAGUGCGAGCUGCUGCGGCAGCACAAGGUUAUUCAUGACGGGAUGGACGAGACGGCGGAUUAUCUGCGGCGGUGCAGGGAUAGGGAGUGCGAGCUGGAGUUGGGGGUUUUGAAGGAGAAGAUGGAGUCGUGGGGAGAUGUGUUGUUGCAGCAUCUGGACCAGGAGGUGAGGGAUCUUGGGGCGGAGAAGAUGCGGAAGCAUUUCACUGUGCAGGAGAUGAAGGCGAUUCCUAUGUGAUAUUGUGGACUCUCUAAUCGAAAAAAAAACAACGAACGAUGGGGGUGCGGCACGAUUUAAAUAACACAAUAAUCAGAACCACGGCAUGUGUCCGUAUUGGCGUUGCAAA